AUGGAUUGGUCGCUCAAGGCGUCGGCGCGGUGGACGAGCGAGACGUCGAUGCGUUGGAUCGCGUCGGUUGGGGCGUGUACGAUGAGUGAAGGCGUGCGAGCGUACUCCAAUGGGUCGACGAUGACGACGGUGAGAGAGGACGACGCGGCGGCGAAGCAGCGGGCGAUGACGAGGGCGACGUAUUCGUGCGCGUUUCCGGGAGAGACGAUGUCGGGCGAGCAGUGCGCUUUGAUGCGCGCGUCGGCGAGUGGUAUUGAGUGGAUGAAGCAGCGAGAGGCGAUUUGGAACGAAGCCUUGGUGAGUCUGUACGGAUUGCUCAGGGUGCGGCAGUGCUACGCGUUUUACGUCGUCUAUCGCGAGCGAACUGUUUUGUUUUGCGCUCCGGGAGUCGGCGGCGUUGAGGACGGUGGGUACGCGGUGGUCACGCAGAGUAAUGCAAAGUUUCGACGCGCGCUCACGGACGCGGCAGUUGUUUUCACGAGUGCAGACGCGGAGGCAGCGGCUAUAGACCAGGCAAAGAAGGAUUACUCGAGGACGUGGCGUCCUGAGGACGAGGCUCGAGGUGGGUUGCUCGACGAGCUCGAGGGAGGCGGCGCGAGCAGAGCGAUGGAUAACACCGAGGUAACAGCGCAAUUAGCAAAGAUGGACGCACCGAACGCGGCAAGGCGCAAGGCGGCGGAUACGAUAAUAUGUCGUGGCGCUAUCGCCGUCCACGGACUCCUGAGCGUGCUCAUGGAGGCGUCGGGCGCCGAUCCGGGCAGUUUAGACGGCGGUCCUCAAGACGUCCCGCUCUUGCUCGCGCCCGUUCCUUUCGCACACAGCUCACUCAAGCCUUUAUCUCUGAAGAUUCAGUCGAAUAACGCGGUGAUUCGACAGGAAGCGAGGGACACCGCGCGCACUCUUCAGGUGUUUCCGCCGACUUCGACGGCGGCGGCGAUGCGAGCGACGUACACGGCGGAGACUGCUAGAAACGAAUUGAUACCACCGUGGACGCUCGCUCGCGUGUGCGCGGCGCUGACGCUAAAUCACGAAGAAUAUUCACUCUCGUGCACGUCCGUUCCGCACACGUGCGGUCUGAACGUCGGUGUUUUGGCCGCGCGAAACAUGUCGGAGCAGUCGUCGCGUCGCGAGGUUGAGUUGAUUCGUGAGCGCGACUACUACGACGACGCGGACACGUUCAGGAUUGCCGCCGCGCCUCAGCUCGAAUCGUCCAUCAUCACUCGCGCCGAGUACGUGAACAAGACGUAUUACGUCUCCUGA